CCCUCACUCUCCGCUCUCAGUCCUCCUCCUUCCUCCUCGCCCUUCGACAAGCUGCCGGCGGUUUUCCAGAGCAUCGCAUUUGACAAUAACCCGACAAUAUGAGCUCCAUGCUUUGCUAAACCAACCGGAGAGCGAAACCCAGCUGCCCGUUUCAUCUCAACCCAGUCCGGCGGCCCUUACGAUUUUCAACUAUCAUAUGCGUUCGGUCCCGUGUGCUUUUUUGCCAAACUGUGAUCUUUCGUUAUCUGCGCGUGUGUUCUUCUCGACAACAGUUGAGUUUUCAUACGUCAACGUGGACUACCUCGCCGCCUUGCGUACCUGCUGACGACAAGAUACCUCAACCAUGGCAACCCAAGCGCACUGCGCCUACUGUUUCGAGACCUUAGCUGCUAGUUUGGAGCGGAGGCAACCCCUCGAUCUAGCUCAGGUCGAAGCCUUGUGGAACAGAUACAACGAUGGGCCGGAGGAUGCCGAAGAGGAGGACGCCGAAGACGAGGACGAAGCCACUCUCGACAAUUCGCAUCGUCCGGCUGCUAUAUGCCGUCUCAUCGCUCCCAGCCCGGCUACCUCAAGCUCCUCUUCUGUGCCUUCCACGGCUUCGACAUCCUCCGUGCCGAGCGAAGCUUCAUCGGCGACCUCCAAGUCCUCGUCUGGCUCUUCAUUCUUUUCUCUCGGCCGCCGGGCGAAGGGAGAAGCGAAUCCAGCUCCCUCCACAAUUGAAAAAUCGCCACUUUUUGUGACCUGGAAUACCGUUCUCGGCAGCGAAACCAGUUUGCGCGGCUGCAUCGGCACGUUUGAGCCGCAUGAGCUUGAUGACGGGCUGCGGAGCUAUGCUCUAACAUCUGCCUUUGGUGAUCACCGCUUCGAUAGAAUCGACAGCAGUGAACUUCCCUCUCUCGAAUGCGGCGUCACGCUCCUGACAAACUUCGAAGACGCGCCAGAUCCUAUGGCGUGGGAUAUCGGUAAACAUGGCCUACGUAUCUCCUUCAAGUACAACGGAGAAACGCUUAGCUCGACAUACCUUCCAGACGUCGCGCGUGAGCAAGACUGGACCAAGGAAAAUACACUGAUCAGCUUGAUGCGUAAGGCUGGGUGGGGUGGCCGCAGAGAUCAGUGGACUGCUGUCAAGUUAAAAGUCGUGCGGUAUCAGGGACAGCAGGUCAAGCUUCGAUACCCGGAAUGGAAGGAGUGGAGUGACUGGGUCAAUAAACAGGACGUGCUAUAGAUAUGUGGACAGAUGCCGUGAUAUCUGAGCGGCUGUUUCGAGUGCUGGCUAUAUGGGUAUAGCUGGACAACCUUGUGAGUUUUGCGAGAACUAGUUAGAAUAGGCGCCAAUGAUUAACGAUAUCCCCUCUUAACCCUACCAUACUUCUCCUCGUUAUUCAUUGCGUUACUAAAGCUUUCCGGGGCAUCCGAAUAUGCUAAUUCUACAUAGAGUAGCCUGCACAACUUAUCCACCACUUUCUCGAAUCUAUCAAUCUAUAACAGGUAUCUCGACGAAACUCAGG